AAAAGAGAGACCGAACGCUGGAAGGCCUCAGUCCUUCAGCUGCUCCCAGAUCUGCUGCUUGAGAAGCAGCUAAGACGAAGAUGUGGUCUGGAUCAGCUAAGAUGUUUAUGUUUUCAACACUGAUAGUAUCUUCGGCCUUGUUCCACACCAUCUACACAUGUGACGUAUUCUCAGAGAUAUCUGUCCAAACACCUGAAGGUGAUCACCUGUUAGGAGGAUAUCUGUCACAUGAUCAGUUUUCUGUAAGCCUCAACUGUUUUAUUGGAAAAAAAAUUCAAGCAGCAGCAGCCUCAAUCCUUCAGAAUACCGAGGCAGAGCCAGCGGAGAUCUUAUCCAACAUCAAUGAGGAUGAAUAUACUUUCCUACAAAUUCUUUACUCACUCAGUUCCAAUGACCCAAUAUUUUCCAACCUUCUUUUGGACCUUGCUUUAAAGAAAAGGCUACAUAAUGAAAAGCAGAUUAUAAGAAAUUGGUUGAGGUCGAUAUUAAAAAUUCCAGAUAAGACAAUGUACAAUGUGGUUGAUUUAAUAGCAAACAAUAAUCGUCUCUCAAAAAUACCAGAUGCUUUUAUAAAGGAAAUUCUUCGGAUGGUGAAUAAAAAUGGUGUUCUACUUACAUCUUCAGAAAAGGGCAAUACUGGAGUCAUCGAUUGGAUACUGGCCCAAGAUGGUGACUUUGAGAUGAAUAAAGCUUUGGAGAUAGCAUGGAAUAACCAACACUGGGACGCUGUGAGAGCUCUUCUUGGUAGCAAACAUGUUGGUAAGAUCAAUGGAAACUCAGCAUUGAUUCAUUUGACAAAUGCCGAAAAUGAAACACUUCUCCAUUUUGCUGCAGAAACUAAUUCCACAAAAGCUGUAGAAGCUAUCCUAGACGCUGGCACUCCAGUGAACACUAUUGAUGCAAACGGAACAACACCUCUUUUUAAGGGGGUAGAAAAUAACAAUUUGGAAGCAGUUAAAAAAUUGGCAGAAAAAGGAGCUGGGCUUUAUUUUGAAACACAUUCCGGAGAUGUGGCUCUACAUGCAGCUGUUUUAAAUGGAAAUGUUGAUAUUGUAAAACUGUUGGUCCAAUUGGGUUCUAUAAUAGAGAAAAAGAACAAACACGGUUUGACUCCUCUGAACAUUGCAGAGCAAGCGACUAUUACUGGUAUUAUUGAUUACCUUUCUCAAAAUAAUGUAAAAAUACCAGUAGAAUUUAAUGAUCCUUUGACGAUUCUCUCUUGGUCAUCAGUCUUAUGUGAUGUAGAAAAGAGCCAGAAAAAUUCUCCACUUAGCCAAAAAGAUUUAUUACAAAUGUCAGAGAUUGUAAGAACACUUUUGAGUAGAGGUGGCAAUAGUUAUUAUGGAUCAUUAAAAGAAAAACUAUUAAAGAUAAUAUUAGAUUCAGGUCUCGGUAUAGAAGGGACUGAAAAUGAAAAUCAAAUUCCACAGAUCAUACAUAAUCUUGGUACUGAUGUGAAUACUACUUAUAAGGAGGAUGCCAACAAAACAUCUCUAGUCCGAGCCGCCCAGUCUGGGAACAUCAUGCUUACCAGAUUGCUCUUGGUUGAAAAAUACUUUAUCAACGCCAAAGAUGAUGAUGGUAAUACAGCUUUGCAUGUAGCUGUCCUAAACGGAGACCAACAAAUGAUAGACCUGCUACUGAGAGAAGGAGCCGAUUUCAAUUUGCCCAAUAAUAAUGGUUCGACUCCACUGCAUAUUGCAGCUCGAAUCAAUCAAACUGAUGUUGUCAAUGUUCUACUCAAGCGAGGGGCUAAAGUCAACCUCAAGGAUAGUAAUGGAAACACACCCUUGUUCCUUGCUGCCUUGAACGGAAAUGACAAAAUUGCCAAACUCCUUCUUGAUAGAAGGGCUUCUAUUGAAAUUACAGGUAAAGAUGAGAGAACAGUUCUACAUGCAGCUGCUAGUGGAGGAAACGCCCGUUUGGUAGAACUAUUAUUAGAUAGAGGAAUCAACGUCAAUGUAAAGGAUGUCUAUGAUUACACACCUCUGUACAUAGCAACUGAUAUAGGGAAUGAUGAUGUAGUUAAUACCCUUCUCAACAGGCAAGCAAAUGUAAACAGCAAUAACAAAGAAGGUAGGACUGAACUUCACUUGGCAGCUUCAAAGGGCCAUGUUAAAAUAAUGAAACUUCUUUUAGACAGAGGAGUAGACAUAAAUGUAAAAGAUGUUAAUAUCAAUACUCCUCUCCAUGAAGCUGCGAAGAAGAACCAAACCAGUGCUUUGGAACUGCUCCUCGAAAGAGGUGCAGAUGUUAAUGCUAGGAACAAGGAUGGAUUAACUGCUCUCCAUGCCGCGGCGACGAAUGGAAAUACCAAAGUAGUCCUGCAACUUCUUGACAAAGGUGUCAACAUAAACAUAGAAGGAGGAGAUUAUGAAACAGCUUUAUAUUUGGCUGUUAGUAAUGGUCACCUUCCACUGUUAAAAUUGCUCAUAGAACGGGGAGCCAAUAUUAAUGCUGUCAACAAACAACUGCGUACUCCACUUCAUGCAGCAGCCCAGAAAGGAUAUGCUCCCAUUGUCAAUGUUCUACUUGAUAAUGAAGUAAAUAUUGAUGCCAAGGAUUCCAAUGAUGAAACACCUUUAUUUUUGGCUGCCCGAUACGGCAAAGAAAAUAUUAUUGACCUCUUAUUAGAAAGGGGUGCUGAUAUUAAUGUCAAGAAUAAGAAGAAUUGGACAUUAUUACAUGCAGCAUCAAGAUAUGGUCACUUGGAUGUAAUCACUUAUCUACUUGAUAGAGGUAUGGAUAUAAAUAAGAGGUCUGUUUCAAAUGAGACACCUUUACAUUUAGGAGUACUAAGUGGAAACGAUUUAGUAGUAAGCUUACUUGUUAACAGAGAAGCUAAUGUUACAGUUAAAGACAAAGAUGGUUGGACUCCCUUACAUCUGGCAGCUCAAGACGGCAAAAUAACAGUCAUCACACCCUUGCUGAACAAAGUAGAUGACAUUAAUGUGAAGAAUAAAGAUGAUAAAACACCACUUCAUGAGGCUGUUUCGGGAGGAAAGCUUGCAGCAGCGAAACUCUUUUUAGAAAGUGGAGCCGAACUGAAUGUAUUUACAGAUGACGGUUGGACAGAGAUUCAUGUAGCUGCAUGGAAAGGUUACAAGGACAUUGUUAAACUUUUACUAGAUCAUGGAGUAGACAUAAACAUCAAGGACGUAGACAGUGAUGCUCCCCUUUAUGAGGCUGCAAGAGCAGGUAGAUUAAGUGUUGUUCAGUUUCUAUUAGAAAAAGGAGCUGAUAUAGAUUCAAAAAAUAAUCGAGGAUUCACUGCAUUACAUACUGCAGCAUAUGGCAACCAUGCCUCUGUCAUUAAAGCUCUAUUACAAAAAGGAAGCUAUGUGAAUAUCAAGAGUUCAGAUGGCAAAACUGCCUUAUUCGAAGCGGCUGCAUCAGAUGCUAUAAGUGCAGCCAAGGUAUUAAUUGACAAAGGAGCUGACGUAAAUGCCACAACUAAUGAAGGAUUCACUGCUUUACACACUGCAGCUUAUGGCGGAAAUCUCAAGGUUCUCAGUCUCUUAUUGGACAAAGGAGCCAACAUUAAUUCGAAAAAUAAUGAUAACAAAACACCUUUAUAUCAAGCUGCUAAUAAUGGAAAAGAUGAAAUAGUUAGAGAACUUCUAAAGAGAGGAGCUGAUAUUAAUGCAAAGAUGAAUGAAGGUUGGACUGCUCUUCAUACAGCUGCAUACAAGGGUCAUUUAUCUAUAGUCCUCAUCUUAUUAGAUAAUGGAGCCAAUGUCAAUGUACAAAAUGAUAACGGUGAAACACCACUUGACGAAGCAGCUGAUGGUGGACAGUACACUAUAGUAAAAACUCUUCUUGAUCGAGGAGCAGAUAUAAAUGCUAAAGAUGUCAAUGGUUGGACACCAUUGCAUAGUGCAGCUAGAAAUGGCCAAGUAGCAAUCAUAACUCUUUUGAUAGACAGAGGAAUCAACAUUGAUUCCAGGAAGAAUGAUGGGAAAACACCACUAGACAUGGCUUCACGUCAAGGAAAGUAUGCCGCAGUUAAGGCUCUCAUUGAGAGAGGAGGUAAUAUUCAUUCUAAAGAUGAAUCUGGCUGGACACCUCUUCAUGCAGCAGCAUAUAAUGGCCAUUUAGCAGUCAUCAAUCUUCUUAUUAAAAGUGGAGCUAAUGUCAACGUUGAAAAUAAUGAUGGAGAAACACCUAUGGAUGAGGCUGCAGAUGGAGGAUAUUUAGAUAUAAUUAAAACUCUCAUUGAGAGAGGGGCGAAAGUAAAUGUCACUGAUAAAAUUAAUUGGACUCCAUUACAUGGUGCUAGCAAAUAUGGCCAUUUAGAAAUUGUCAAGUUUCUGAUAGAAAAAGGAAUCAAUGUUAAUGCUACCACAACCAGCGGGGAUACUCCCCUCACUCUAGCUGCUUCAGAGGGAAAGUACACCACUGUCAAAACUCUCAUUGAGAAGGGAGCUAAUGUGAAGGCUGAGGCUUAUGAAGGAAACACUGCUCUCCAUCUGGCAGCGAAUCGUGGAGAUACAUCAAUAAUUAACCUCUUAAUAGACAAAGGGGCUGACAUCAAUGCCAGGAAUAAUGAUUCUGAAACUGCCCUACAUAGAGCAGCUCAGAAUGGCCAUGUUGGAGUAAUUACAGCACUUAUUGACAGAAAGGCUGACAUUAAUGCUGUCGAUAAGGAUGGUUCCACAGCCUUACAUACUGCUGCUAAAGCUGGACAAACCAAGGUAAUUAACACCUUAAUAGCUAAAGGGUUGGAUGUCAAUAUUAAGAAUAAUAAGAAUAUCACACCACUUUAUGAAGCAGUUUACUAUGGACACUUGGAAGCAACAAAAACACUUAUUGACAAAGGUGCAGAUGUCAAAGUCUUAGACGAAGAUAAGAAGACACUGAAAGAUAUUGCAAAGGAAAGAGGAUAUAUCAAUAUACUGAACUUCCUGUCAACUAAAUAAUUAAUCAAGGAACUAUAGUUUGAACAAUAAAAGCUAGGAUUGAUUUAAAAUAUAUUAUCAAUGUUUAGUACAUGUUCUGCAACUGUUCAUAAUAUAUUUUAAAUAAGUAUAUCAGAUUAAUCUGAGAAGUAAAUAAUGAGUGAAAGAAACCAGGUGUUCAGUGUUUAUAAAAACCAAGUGAUAUAUACAUUUAAGAGUCAUUGGCUCACAUUUAUAACUAAUAGACCAAUUAAAGACACAAUUAUUACCAAAAUCUCAUCAUUACACUAGUUUAAGUUAUUAUACUAAUAUAUUUAUAGUAAUGAUGUUAAAUUAAGGAAACAAGCAUUGUAAAUAUAAAUAAUAAAUUAUCGCAUUUAAGUUGAACUGUAAUUUGACAUCAUAGAAACCAAUGUUGAAACUGUGACAUUGAAGUAUUAUUAUUUAAAUGUAUUGUUUUUAUAUUUAUAAAAAAAAAUACUUGGCUUUUUUAAGAAUUGUUAUUUAUUUUAACUUUCAAUUAUAGUAUAAUUUAAAAAAUGAAUCAUUUUUAUCAAUCCAUCAACAUGGUGGUUAGGGCCGUAUCCCUAAAUGCCAAUUUCAUGUAAGAAGUAGUAUUAGUUCAGAUUAGCCUUGAACAACUACAUUUUUAUUCCAUUGCGGCUCAAAUAGUUAGUAGAAUAGUAUGACAACCUCAUUUUUCUCCUUUUUUAAUAGGAAUACAUAAUAUAUACCUACACUGAAACAAAAAAAUAAAAAUAAUUGUAUUAACACAAUACUAUCUAUAAAUUGUAAACUGAUAGUAUACUUACAAAUAUUAUUGAAAUUUCAAAUAAAGCAAACAAUUGGAAAACAUUGAACAGUGAACAUUUAUAAUAAACAAAACAGUAGGUGUAAUGAAUAAUAAAACUUAAAAAGAGAAAGGAAGUCACACAAACCAGUUGCUGAUGGAUGUGAUAUCUAUCCCUGGAUUAGCUGAAUGACAUAUUUUUGUUUCUAUAUAUAGAUUAUCUUUUCUAAAAUAAGAAUUAAUGGGAUGUGAAAAACAUAAAUAGAUCUUGAAGCCCUUUUAAUUUAUGUGUGCAACCUACUUCCCUGAAAAGAGGCUUUAAAAAGUAAUGAUGGGAUCAUAAUUUCCAUUCGUGGAAUUAUUCAAAAAGUAACAACUUUUUUUCAUUGGCCUGUUAUCAUUUACUUAUUAUAUUUUAUGUUUAAUACUAUUAUUCAUUUUAUUUUUUGGAUGAGAAUGUCAUUAAUUGCUGGUGUUUGGCUAAAACACCUGUGUGUGAAGACUAAGGAUUACUAUCAGGAUACAAUUUUAACGUUUAUUUUAGUAUCAUUUUUGCCUUUACCGAUCCUUAAAUUUCUUUUCAAUUAAUCUAAAUUUAAACUUCUGCAUUAUUCUAUUGAUAAAAAACAAAAAUCCUGAUUCUGAACCAGAUAUACGUACCCUCACAGAACCACUACUUCAUUUUUGCUCAUAAAUUUAUUGGCUCAAAUUCCUUUCCAACUUUUCUCCACACUAUUGAUAUUGAAUUUGUGCUCAUCUGAAUAAACUACAAUAUUCCAGUAACUUGUAGGCAUUUUUUCAUAAGUUAUUUCGCGAAUGCAAGCCUUUUUUCUCAUUGAUUAAAUUUAUGAGGUAUUUUUCAAUUCAUUCUGGCUUUAAAGGCUGCUAUAUAAGUAUCCAAAUGAACAUUAAAUUCCUCUUCAGAAUCCAGAUUUCAAUAUCAUCGAUCAUUUAUGGGCUUACAUUGAUUUGCAACUUGAAAAUCAAAAUAUACCAUCAGUAAAAUAUCUUAAAACUAAAUUGUUUGAAUAGGAGAAAAUACUUUCCCUAUUAAUUUCUAAGAUGAUCCAAUCAAUGCCUAAGUGGUACUGAAAAACAAAGGACUGCAUAAUAUUAAAUAUUAAUAUAAAUAUAAAAUAUAAAGAUUAAUAAUUAAAAUAUUAAUAUAAAAUUUUUAACAAAAUAAAGAAAUGAAUUGUUGUACAAUAUAUAGCUAUAUACAAAAAGUUUUGCUACAUUAAAAUUUCUAAUCUUUCGCUUUAAACUGUAUUACAAAUAUUUGAAUUUAUAGUUAGACAAAUAUUUUUGAGACAAUUGAGAAGAGUGGUAUUGAAGUUAUAUUAAGGUGUUUAAAUAAAAUGAUAUUUAGAAAAGAA